UGUGCAAGACACUUGAGUCUCAAGAGUAAACUGGAUCAGUGACAGGUGUUGUAGCCAUCAAUGCAUACCAUGAUGAUGUGGGGGACUCUCAUCGUUCUGAUUCUUACAUUCUCACCAGGAGCACUUUCACAAUCAAGAACACGUUUUGCCCAUUAUCGUUCAUGGAAUUCACAGAUGUAUCCAGUUUGGAGGGAUGGAGAUCCCAGAUACAGAGACUGUUGGAAAGGUGGAGAGGUAGCAUUUGAAGUCAGAAGUGAUUCUCCUACACUGACAGGAGCCAAAGCUACUUUCAACAUUGACGUUCGCUUCCCUCAGAACCAGACAGUACUUCCUGAUGGACAGGUGGUGUGGGCAAGAAACUGUACAAUUAAUGGAACAUCCUAUACAAUGGGCCAGACUGUAUACCCUGAGUCUAACAUCCCUCAAGUAUGGACAGGUGUCUUUCCUGACAGCACACCCUUCACUAAGGUCUCUAACAAAAAGCCCCGCUUCAUCUAUGUAUGGAAAACAUGGGGAAAAUAUUGGCAGGUGGCUGAUGGUCCCUCCUCUCUACUGACCAUUGAUACAGACAGUAUGCCUCUUGGUUCUUACACAAUGGAUAUAGUAAUUUAUCACUGCCGUGGCAAAGACAAGUUUGUUCCCCUUGGUUAUGCAUCUACCCAGUUCUCCAUCAUUGACCUGAUUCCUUUUACAGUGACAUUAUCUCAGGUUGGUGACAUCAAUCAGGGUGACCAAAGCUUUAUCCAGAACAGAGCUGUGUCCUUUGGCAUUAAUCUGCAUGACCCUAGCCAUUAUCUCAGUGGGUCAGACAUCACCUUCAAUUGGGAUUUUGGUGACAAUAGUGGAGCUCUCAUUUCCCGUGAAACUACGGUUACCCACACAUAUCUUACCACUGGUUCCUUCAGGCCACAGGUGGUUUUGAUGGCAGCAAUCUCAACUGGUUGUCAGCUCAGUCCCACUCCACCAGCCACUGUUGUACCUCCGGUUCCUGUCUCAGAUGAAGCUAUGGCAGUGGAAAACAUUGUGCUGACUGUUUCUCCUCAGUCGGCUGAUGUCAUUCCCACAGCAGAGGAAGGAGUUGCAGCUGAUGUCACUGUCGUUGCCAAUGACUUGGCAGUGUCAGCAAUUGACACAGAAGCAGAAUUAGAUAAUACUGUCCAGGAGGUGCCAACUGUUGCUGGAGACACAGCUGUGGCUGAAGCUGACAAUACUGCUGCAGUUAUGUUAGCCACACCUGCGGCUGUUGAGGCUGAACCUGUGACAGAAGUUCCUGUAACUGACAUAGCCCCAGAAGGAGAAGAGAUUAUAAUCAAUCUGGCAGCCACAGUACUCCCAGCAACCCCUGCUGCUGUAGUUGACACUGCCUCUGUUCAGACAGUUAUAGAAACAGUGGCACCAACUGGAGAUGCAAUAAUCAUCAUCACCCCUGAGGCAGUGGUCACAGAUAUUGUAGCAUCUGUUUUACCUACAGUAGAAGACAUAGAAGCAGUUAAUGGGACUGUUGCUGGUGUCAACGAGGCAACCGAAGCCAUCACUGGCUUAACUAGCAUACCUGAGGCAACAGUGAGUGAAUUAGACGUUGAACUGGUGGCAGGAACUGAAACAACCCAGGCCGCUCUUGUAAUUGCAAAGCGGCAAGCACCAGAAAUGCCAGCAGAAACAAACUGUAUGAUUUAUCGUUAUGGCUCCUUCUCUACAACUCUUACAGUAGUCCAGGGAAUAGAGAGUGUUGAGAUUGUGGAGGUGAAUAAUGUGGUCAUUUUGGCCACAGAGCUGGAACAGAAUGCUGUAGAUCUUACAGUCACAUGCCAGGGAAGCCUGCCAAAUCAAGUCUGCACUGUGGUCUCUGAUGCAGACUGCACAAGCCCUGUUCAGGCCCUACAGUGUAAUGAUGUGACUCCAACCUCUGAGUGCCAGAUGGUGCUGCGACAAUUUUUCAACAACUCUGGCACCUUCUGUAUCAACGUCUCUCUAACCAAUGAUGUCAGCUUGGCAGUAACCAGUGCAAAGCUCAGUGUGGCUAUAGACACAAAUUCUUCAAGGAACAUGGCUGGAACAACACUGGGAGUCCUGGUUUUUAUUUGUGCUGUGGGGGCCAUUGCAUUUUCAUACAAGCGAUUUAAGGAAUACCAUCCACUGAGCGAUUAUAAUGAAAAUAGCAGUUUCAGCUCUGGAAGAAGCUCAGUGCCUUUAAUGCUGUGGAACCUUCUGAGCCGGAGAUCCACUGCAGAAAGCCGGCCCCUCCUGCUUGGGCGAGUGGUGUGAAAAGCUGUCCACUUCUGCUUUAAGACAUAUUGCAUAGUCUUUACAAUCUCUCAAUAAGAGAAUUUAAUAUGAACAAUGAAAGCCUCAUUGUACUGUAAUAACAAAAUGUCAUACGUAAUAUACCUUUUAUUAUGUAAAUUAUGUUUUAUUGUACGUGGCAGUUGCUGAAUAUUUACAGAGUAUAUUGUAGGUGUCAUCAUAAAAAGUUGCA